UUUAGUCCCACACGUUUCAGCAGCAGCAGGUCCACGGGCUUGGCUCAAGGCAAAGUAUUUAAAAAUCGAUUGAAAAAAAACCCCAAACUUUUUACUGGGAGGAUAUUUCUUUCAGAAGCGAAAAGAAGACUCUCCGGUCGGAUUUAAUGAAAAAGUUGCAGUCUUCAGAGACUGUCCGGCGGAAUAUGAUUUGACUCAACAGGACGUGCCGCAUUGUUGCUCACUAACAGGAUGAAUCUCUGUUUGCUUCUUGCCAUCAUGCUGCUGUGGGCCAUGCGCUCCAGUGUGCAGGGCCAGUGCGAUAAAUCAUCAGAGGCAACCCAACUCAACCUCUCUGUCACCUAUGAGCUCCCAUCGUUUACUGCAGAUUUCCCAAUUCAGAACAUGGUGAUGUUGGAUGGGGUCAUCUAUGUCGGUGCCGUGAACAGAAUAUAUGCCCUGGCCCCGAACUUGACGAAGCUGUCAGAGUACCGCACAGGUCCACUGCUUGCCAACGAGACCUGCGGCCAGAAGCAGAGUGGAACGAGCAGCGGUGGAAGAGUGGACAACCAUAACAUUGCCUUAGUGGUGGAGAACAUUUAUGACAAGGGGUUGUACAGCUGUGGCUCAGCAGAUAACGGUGUUUGCCGUCGUCACGUCCUGGAUGAUGGCGCCAGCCCAAAAACCAUAGACGAAGAAGUCUACUGCUUUGCCAAUAAGGUGAGCCUAGGCACAGGGCAACCCAUAGACUCAGAUGUUGUAGUCAGCCCUUCAGGCUCCCAAGUGCUGAAUGUGGAGAGCAACGUCAUCAAAUUUUUUGUUGGGAACUCAGAAAUUCCUGGCAGAGGAAACAUCUCAGGCAGUGCAAAACACCUACACACCAUUUCUCUGCGGAAAAUGAAGACAAGCCAAAAUGGUUUCACUUUCUUCUCUAACACGUCAUACAUGGACCUGAUUCCAUCUCUACGUGGAAAUUACUAUCUGCGCUACGUUUACUCCUUCCACAGUGGACCCUUCACCUACUUCCUCACUGUGCAGCGGGUGAGCAAGGACUCUCAGGCCUACCACUCCCGCAUAGUCCGCAUGUGCUCCACAGACUUUGUGAUUCGUCGCUAUGUGGAAAUGCCCCUUGAAUGCAUCAGCACCGACAAGCGGCGGCGGCGCUCUGUGAAAGAUGUGAAGGUGUUCAAUAUCUUGCAGGCAGCCUAUGUCACUAAGGCGGGAAUUGACCCAGAACUCCAGAAGCAAGUGAAGGUGGAAGAGGGCGAUGACGUGCUGUUUGCUGCUUUUGCUCAAGGAAAGCCAAACUCUCCAGAACCGACCCCUAAUUCAGCUGUUUGCGUGAUGUCCCUUAAACACAUCAACAACAUGUUCAAGGCCUAUAUGGACAGGUGCAAUACCGUAGACCCAUAUCACUUCACUGGUUCAGACAAGAAGUCCUGCUACAAUGUGACUUCAUCUGAUGACUGCGACCCUCAUGAAGGAAUCCACGAAGGAAAAGAGAGCACGUAUCGUCUGCAGGUGACCCAGUUUGUCCAGAGGUUAGAGUACUGGCACAAAGACUUAACAAACACCUUGGUGACCUCAAUUACCGUGGCGCCCGUCCACGGCCGUGCUGUGGUAUACCUAGGAACCAUUGAUGGACGUCAAAUACAGGUUCUGUUCUCCCGUUUUGCCUCUCCCCAUGUCAACAUCCACCUGGACUCAAGACCCGUCAUUUCUAGCGUAGCACUUCUGGAUGCUGACCACCCGGAUGGAGCCAUUCUAAUGGCCACAGGAAACAAGAUCACUAAGGUCCCUCUAAUUGGCCCUGGCUGUGGUCAGCUGACCACCUGCACUUCGUGGUUGUUGUCAUCAAGAGUGACAGAAUGUGGCUGGUGUGAUGGACGCUGCACAAGAGCAACCGAGUGCCCCUCCUCCUCCAUCUGGACCCAGGACUACUGCACACCUGUUAUCACUGAGUUUUAUCCAAAAUCUGGACCAGUACGAGGCUCUACUGUAGUGACAAUUUGCGGCCGCAACUUUGGAUUCGACAAGACAGAGAACUUCAAGGCUUCUGUGGUAACCGUGGAGGUGGCAGGAGCUUCCUGCAAACUGCCCAGACAAGAAAACACCAACAGGUGGACUGAGAUGCACUGUUCCCCGGUGUUUAAUGGAAACUUCACCCCAUCAGGAGAUGCUGUGAAGGUCACCAGUGGCCACAAGGUGGCCAAGAUGGGGAAAUUCACUUUUGUGGACCCUGUGAUCCAUGAAAUCUUCCCAACAUUUGGGCCAAAGUCAGGAAACACCAUGCUGACCAUUAGAGGAGAAUUCCUGAAUACAGGAAACAAGCAAGAGGUGACUGUGGGGAAGGUGGCCUGCAAGAUUGAGAGCGUGUCCUCCACCAUGCUGACAUGUAAGACGCCUCCACACGCCGUUCACUCGAAGCAAACUGUGAAGCUGACAGUAGAUUCGGUGGAGCGCCGCGCCCCUGUGCUCUUCACCUACAACCCUGACCCGAUCAUCAACAACAUCCAGCCCUCACGCUCCUUUGUGAGCGGAGGCUGCACAGUGUCGGCUAAUGGUUUAUUCCUCCAAUCCGGCCUUCAGCCCCAGAUGGUUCUCAGCACUGGUCAGGAUAAGGAGCUCUUCCAGGUGAGCUGUGUGUAUGGUGAAAACCGGACCUCCAUCCAGUGCACGACACCCUCUCUAGCCAAACUGCAUCUGCAACCACCAGUGGUCACCAAGGUGGCAUUUGUCCUGGACGGCUAUUCAACUGAUUGCUGGGAUCUGAUCUAUGUGGAAGACCCACUGUUCCAAGACCCAAAGCUCACUUCCAAAGACAACAAGAGCAUCGUGGAGCUCAAGGGCGAUAGGAUGGACAGGGAAGCAAUGAAGUGUCAGGUCCUCACCGUUUCCAACCACAGCUGUGAGAGUCUGACUCUAGUAGGGAACACUCUGGAGUGCAUCGUACCAACUGAGCUGCAGGCUGCCACUGCCAAGGAGCUGCAGGUGGAGUGGCGUCAGGCAGACUCCAUCAGACAUCUUGGCAAGGUGACGCUGGCACAGGAGCAGGACUACACGGGCCUCAUCGUGGGCUGCGUGUCUUUCAGCCUGCUGUUGCUGUUGCUGGGAAUGGUGCUGAUGUGGAGGAAGAACAAGCACAUCGAUGAUCUGUCUGAGGUGUGGUAUGAUGGCCGGGGUCACAUCCAGCAUCUGGACAGGCUGGCUAAUGCAAGGAGCAUCAGCCCCACUAACGAAAUGGUGUCCCACGAGUCAGUCGACUAUAGAACAACCCUGCUGGAGGAUCAGGGCAUCGACAGGCCCGAGACAUGCCGGGCAGCUCCUGUUAUCUAUGGGGGCAACGGGGAGCUGCUGUCUCCCAGACUGGGGGCCUUAGGAGGUGGGAUAGGGAUAGGGAUGGGGAUGGGGAUGGGGAUGGCAAUGGAAGGUGAGUUGGUAUCACCCCUGCUGAUGGCGCCUGUUCACAUCGACCCAUCCUGCCUCCACCCAGACCUACUGACUGAGAUGCAGCACGUGGUGAUCGCCAGGGAGCGGCUGCUUCUCCAUCUCAACCAGGUCAUCGGCAGAGGCCACUUCGGCUGUGUUUUCCACGGGACGCUGCUUGAGUCAGACGGGCAGAAGCUGCACUGUGCUGUUAAGUCUCUGAAUCGCAUCACAGACUUGGAAGAAGUGUCUCAGUUCCUGAAAGAGGGGAUCAUCAUGAAGGACUUCAGCCACCCCAACGUUCUCUCCCUGAUGGGUAUCUGUCUUCCGCCAGAGGGCUCACCGCUGGUGGUUCUGCCCUAUAUGAAACACGGUGACCUGCGCAACUUCAUCCGUGAUGAGGGGCAUAAUCCAACAGUUAAGGACCUGAUGGGUUUUGGGCUGCAGGUGGCCAGAGGAAUGGAGUAUCUGGCCAGCAAGAAGUUUGUCCACCGAGACCUGGCUGCCAGGAACUGCAUGCUGGAUGAGAGCUACACAGUGAAGGUGGCAGACUUCGGCCUGGCUAGAGAUGUUUAUGACAAAGAAUAUUACAGCGUCCACAACAAGAGUGGAGUCAAGUUGCCUGUCAAAUGGAUGGCUCUGGAGAGUCUGCAGACGCACAAAUUUACCACCAAGUCAGACGUGUGGUCUUUUGGCGUGUUGCUGUGGGAACUCAUGACCCGUGGAGCCCCGCCGUAUUCCGAUGUGAACUCCUUUGACAUCACCGUGUUCCUCCUGCAGGGGAGGAGGCUGCUGCAGCCCGAGUUCUGCCCUGAUGCCCUCUACACGGUGAUGAUCGAGUGCUGGCACCCAAAGCCAGAACGACGGCCCUCAUUCUCUGAGCUGGUGUCUCGCAUCUCUGCCAUCUUCUCCAGCUUCAGUGGCGAGCACUACGUCCUGCUCAACACCACGUACGUCAACAUAGACAAGAUGAGCCCCUACCCCUCCCUCCUCGCCUCCACCGCUUCCUCCUCCUCAUCUUCCUCUUCCGAGCCCUCCACCUCCACAUCCCUGCCAUCCCACUCCCCGCUCUUUUGUCACGUUGAGCGAGACUGCUGCACCUGAAAAAAGGAAAAGGGAGCAGGUUAUAGAAGAGACUCAGAAAGAGAGAAGAAGCAAGGAAGAAAAGGUGAGGUGAUGAAGACUCUGUUUGAGAACUACUGUAUGUAUUUGCCAAACACUGGACACUGCAUGCUGAGGAAAAACAGACCUUUCACUCACUGUAUAUAGAUUAUGGACUUUUGCUGUUCUCAAGCAUUGCCAAAUGACAGGAGCCUCCAUGAACUUUAAGGCUGACCUUAUAAACGUUUGUCAAUCAUUGUGACCUUUCAUUGACCCCGAGGAGCGUGAGGUUGGACUUCCUCCAUCAUGUACAAGACAAUUACGAGGCAUAGAACGCCUCCUCGAAGUUUUCCAGCAGACAAAACUGCCAUCACAGAAGCACAUCUCAGUGACUGAUGCCACUGAGCCCACACACAAAAAAGGAUCACUUUCUACUCCUCUCUGGGUGGCAUGUGCUUCAGUAUGUGGAUGGGGCUCAGACCUUCACCAAGUCUGUAAUGUGAAUGAGUGACAAAUGGCCAUGUAGUCAUGUUGUAUAAAAAAGAAAAAAAAAAAUCACACCUCCACAAACCAUAAAGACGACUACAUGUCACCUGAGAUACAAUGUAGCCUGCUAUGAUGGAUUUUGUUGCCUCAGGUGAGUAACCUGAGGCAUGCUGGAGGUUGAUGGCAGUGUGUAGGUGUACAGGUGGGAUGUAUACAAAUUGUGUUGCCUGUGUGCAGAUCACUGGAUGCUUUAUUUGUAUAAUUAUAUUUGAUGUUCUUGAGGAAAGUCUCAGUGUGGCUCACCUGUGGGAAUCCCCAGUUGUUUCUGGGGGUACAAUAAAGGCCUUUUAUUUUCAACUUGAAAGUCUCAAUUGUAUAUGUCAAAAAAAAAAAUGCAGCUCACUUUGAUGUUUUCUUGGAAAUAAGAUGGACAACAAAUAAGAACCAUGCAUGUCCAGGGAUUUUUGUUGCUGUUGGUUAAAGACCAGUCCAAGUUGCUUGCUGUAUGUCGAGUCUGCAUCUGUCUUGUGUGACUCCAAUUGUACUGACAGAAAAUAUGGUGUACCUGAUAAAAUGGGCUUGCAGCCACAGGGUGUUUAAACCACAUUUGGUUAAUUUAACCAAAGCUCAUUUUUUUAUUCCUUAAGUUACCUUUGGAUGCUUUUUUGUCUUUGUUGUACUCUUACUAAUCUCAAGUACAGCACUUCAAAGGGCCCCUGUGUUCAUCUGACAUCAAAACAGGAUUGUAAUUUUAUCUGACUGUAAGUGACCGCUGCGCAUUACUGAAUCUUUAUGACAACUGUGCAGUCAUGAUAAAGAGUAUUUUGAUUUUUAAAGACCCUACCUGUGUGUUUGAAAAAAUGUUUUGCCUCUUAACUACAAAUGAUUUACACUUUUUACAUUUUGGGAAGAAUGUGACACAGUUUUAGAUUUUUUUCCCACCAUUUACUUCCAUUAAUUUCAGCACAAUACAAAAAUUAGAGCCACACCAAUAUAUUGGUUGACUGAUAUUAUAAGCCAAUAUUAGCUUAUUACCAACAUAUUAGUAUUGCUAUAUAUAUAUAAUUCAGUGAGAGCUUUUCAUCAUGCAAGAAACAAUACUUGAGGUAUUGUAGAAAUUGUAUCAUCACAGUUUAUUCUGGAAACCAUCUCUGACUAUUUGCAAUCUUCUCAGCACUGUUUGCAGGACAUGUAGCAGAGUAGCAUCACAGCUGAGGAAACGUGGGCUUUUGUCUCUUUGCAGGAAGUUUCUAACUAAUUUGGUAAAUACACUGAUGAGAGGUUGACAUGACUUGGUAUAUGUUUUAGCAUUCUGUAGGUAUGUACCUAAAGAAUGUGUAGGCCAAACACACACAUCCAAUAAUGAAAGGAUGCAGGAACAAAAAUAGUUACAAUAAAAGAAGAAAGUCUGCACACCAGAGUGCUCCUGGGACAAAAAUUUAAUCCAAAAGGACCUUCAAACAGUAGUAACGUUUGGGGCCACAAUGCCCUUCUUCAGACUAUCUAAAGAAUAUCAGCAUUGAACAUUGCUACCUGCCCCAAGUCUCCAGAAUCAAUGAGGCAAAAAAAAAAAAGAUUUUGUUUGAAAGAUUGUGUAACCCAUCACAGUGACAUUCAGUCUACAUUAAGCUUUGCCAGUGUCACUUUAAUGCAGUCAAAUUGCAAAAACUAUUUUAAAUUAUGUUCUGCUUUAAUGUGCCGGUUGGUUAAAAGUAAUAUACUGUAGGUUAUGAAAUGUAUUCAUAAAUGUGUAAAAAUAAAUCAAAAUCAGUAUAUCAAUUUGCUGUUGUAAUCCACUAAUAAGAUCCUGAAUUAAAGUUUUCUACUUGUGAUGACUGUAAAUCAUUUUCUGUGUACUACACUCAAAUAUACAACUCAAUGAAGUUUUUAGAGUUGGAGUUUUACACUGUGCUGAAAUUAAUGAGAUUAAAUGGUUCCCUGACAAAAAAAAAACAAAGCAGAUUUUCAGAAAUGCAGCAGUUGGAUUUAUAAAUUGGUGAGCUGUCACUUAAAGUAACCACAAUUUGUCACCAGUGGGCUAAAACUUGUAAAUCACUCAUAGUGUCCCUUUCAACUUUGCUAUAUGUAGCAAAUUGUGUUUUUCUUUUGUUUGUUCAUUUGUUUGUUUUUCGGCUGCUGAUAUGAUUUGGCCAUUAAUGGACAGUUAUGAAUGUUUGCUAUGACAAGAAAAUUGCUGUACUAUAUUUUUGUAUUGAUGAGCCUCUUCUUCACUGGGUUGAUCAGUGUUGAGUGAAUCAUGCCGCAAGCAAUUAAUAAAACCACUUCUAUUUGAACCACUACCAACCAGAGACAGAAACGUAGGGAUUUGUGUGGGUCUGUGUGGAUCCUCGUUUAGCUUCUGAUCAUUACUGGGAAAUCAAUGUGAAAACAAUCUAAGAUGCAGAACAAACUGGAGACGCCUCACAAAACUCAGACUGCUGUCUCUUUGAUCAUGUGAUUCUCUGAUGCUUUGUACAUUCUUAACACUGUGUGUGUGUGUGUGUGUGUGUGCGUGUGUGUGUGUGUGUGUGUGUGUUUGUUUGUUGUCUAUAAAAAAAAAUCCUGAAGGUACAUGUUCCCGUGUAAUGUCAUAUGAAC